GUGAACAGGGUUUGUAUAAUAAUUUAAGGUUUACCUGAAGUAAGGGACUCUCUCUCAUCUACUUGCUCCUUAUGUAGCCAAGACUUUUGCAUUUGCAGCCACCAACCAGGCAGCCUGCUAAACCCAUGGGAACACUGACAGACUGAAUUGAUUGUACCAAGCACCUACAUUUCCAGUAAGGCCACAACAGGGAGAUAACUGCCUAAUUUUGGCACUGUGAAGAGCAACUUUGAGCCUACCUUUUCUCAGUUGACUGUAAAGGGAAAGUAGGUGCUCACCGUAGACACUCUUUCUAAUCCUGCCCUCAGAGUUGGGGGUUGUUCAGUAGUAGGAAACCGUGGGUGUUUUAAGUGUGAAGUCAAAACCAAGAUGCACCUCUGGAGAGAAAUCUCUCUUCCCCCUCCCUGUCACGUUCAUUGCGAUACUAAGGCGAAAGCAGCAUGUUGCUAACUUUUAGUAGACAGCUGAUGUAGCUGGAAGAAAACAGGCCAACUUCUGGCAUACAAUCCUCUCUUCAGGUCUUUAAUUCGUCAGUCGGCUAAUAGAGAACAACUAAAAAGACCUUUGAAAAUGCUGUGGAUACCAUGUUUCCCAACUGCAUCUCUCUUUCUUCUGCUGUUCCUGUGCUUCCCUGGCCAGAAUGGUGGAGAAAAUGAUCAGUCAACAGACAUUAUCAGUGUUUGGGAAGGAGACUCCAUCAGCAUAACUUGCUCAAUGAAAGGUUCAGAAAAUGAAGUGGGAACAUACUUGACAACUAUCAUACAGCCGGUCAAUGUGAUAUAUGUUUCCAAGCAGAAUACUUCAUAUAUCCUUCCUGCUUUGGCUAAUCGCACCAAGUAUUCAAAGGACGGAAGGAAUCUCAGAGUAACUCUGCACAAUGUACAGGAAUCUGAUUCCAAUAUCUACCUAUGCACUAAGUUUAUUAAAAGCAAAGGCCAUCACAAAAAGCUGAGUGGGAAGACAACCAUAGUAGUGGUGAAAGCUAAAACCAGUGAAGUUGUUGAGCAAUCACCGCUCUAUGUCAAUCCUCAGCAAGGCCAGUCUAUCAACAUUACCUGUGCACUGAAAAGCUCACAUGAAGAUGAAGGGUUCUACUUGCUCAAGACUCAAAUGCAACCUGAGAGAGUGCUAUAUGUUUCAAGUCAAAAUGGUUCAACUAUUUUUCCUGCUUUUGCUAAUCGCUUGGAGUAUUCAAAGGAAGAAAAGAAAAUAUUGAUAACUCUACACAACCUACAGAAAAAUGACAGUGAUGUAUAUGUAUGUGCUGGGAUGCUGAAAAAUUCUACUUUCCUCUCAGUGAACAGAAGCGGCACCAUGGUGCUGAUUAAAGAAGUGGAGCAGACACACUGCAGUAAUAAGUCCUGGGGCAUCUAUGGUCUUAUCAUCGUGGUAGCGCUACUGGUUUUUGCGCUGAUAUGCUGCACCUUGUACCGUGUUGAUAUGAAGAAAUAUUUCCAGAAAAGAAAGCCAAAUGCAGUGUAUGAAGAUAUGUCUUACAGUUCUAGACGCAACACCCUGAUCAGAGCCAACGCUUACGUCACUGACAAUUAAGCUUCUGCCAGCUGGGACUGUGUGCGGAUUGACCAUUCCUUUACAGGUCUCUCUGAGAGCUGCCUUAGCAACCUGAUGCGGUAGCUGAACUGAAAAUGCUAUCACCUACCUUCUUCAGUGGAAAGAAAACCCUGCCUCAUUUCCAAAGCUGUUUAUGCUUUUUUUGAUCACUUGUAAAUUUUUAUUAUUUUUUUUAAUGUAGAGAAAAGGUAGAGAAAUGCAGCUACCCUGCACAUGUGUUUGCAGUUUAGUAUGGAAAGCAGUAUUUUUGGACUAUGCAUUUGGCUACAUGCAACAUAUGGGCUCAUUUCUUUGAUUGAUAACUAACCCUUUCAGGGAAGAUGGGGUAGAUGGAGAGGUCUGGUUCUGAGCUUUGGUAAGUGCUCAGGAAGACCAUAACAGGCCUGUUUAAUAAUAUGCAAUGGAUCCACAUAUGCAUGGAUUACAGUUCUCUUAUGAAUCCUCAUGGGUCUGCCCAAGAGCUCGGGUAGCUAAAACUACUCAAGAGUUACAGCAAAGAAAUCUAUUCUGAAGAGACUUCAGAAAUGUUGUGGCAGAGUGCAUUACAAGUGAGGUGCUGGAUAUGUGUGGGCUUACCUAUUCAAAGAUCAUAAUGGUCCCACAAAAAUGCAAUCAAGUCUAGAUUUUAAAUUACUGCAUUUGUCAGAGAUACUGGCAUGAUUGCUGUGGGUCUUGACGUGGUUGACAUGCAAAAUUACUAGACUUGGGGCAUGAUGGCUUUUUGGGACAGCAGAAAUAUUUCUGACAUGCUGGUGUUGUCUCAAACUCCAGAUGUCUUAGGACUACACAGCAGAAUGCAUUUCUCCAGGUCAAUGACUCUACACUUUACAGUACAAGGUUAACUAAUCUGGGAUAAAGCCAAUGCCUGCAUUCCAAUCUGGGCACAAGUGAGUCUGAUCCAAAAUCACUCUUAACAAGGGAAUUUAUCAAAAACUCACAUCGGUCAAGUAGAAACUAAAUUUGGUUUAGUAAUGGCUUAGAAGAGGUUGCUACGAUGAGCUUAACUCUCCUCUAGCUAAGGAAGGGAUACAACUUCCUCCAGAUGUGUUUUGGUUUUGCAGACCCAGGUCCACUGUGGAAAGACAACAAUCUUGCCUGCCCAGAGGAAUAUCAAAUUGCCCUGUUACGAGGCAGGAUUGAUGGGGUUGGCUUGUGGUUUCUGGGGACAGGCUGAGACUAGAAUUUUUCUUUAUAGAUGUAUUUGUUUAGUUUUUUGAGGGAUUAGGGCUGGUGUGCCAUUGAUGAGAGUGCAUAGCUGGAGCAGAGCCAGGCACGAGGGGUCAUCCUUCUCUGGAGGUGAGCUCUGCUGAGAUCUCAGCUUGCUGAGCCAAGCCUGCCACUUGGGAGAGCCCAUUUCCCUCCAAAUGUUGCUCGUGAAAUGCUGUGCACCAGACCCGAGGGAGAAGACUGCUCGCUCGGGUGGCUGGUGGAGGGAUGGGUUAACCUGGUAAGCAAUGAGGUGUCUGUUGACUGCAGACCCUGCAAUCUUCACGUAGCUGUACCUGAAUAAAAUUACGUUUGUGACUGGGGCUUUGUACAGUUGCUUGAUAUUUUUAUACGUGUAUUAAAGAGUAUUUCAUAUAUCUUGCAAA